AUGGCAAAUUUAGUCGACGAAGCAGCGCCCCAAUUCAAGUUGCCUGAUCAUGAGAAGCAUCAUUUUGAAAUUGACGAAGCAGAGGCUGAAGAAGUGAACGAUAAUCCAAUUGAGCAAGUCAGGCUUACAGUUCCAAUCACCGAUGACCCUACACAGGCAGUCUUAACAUUUCGAACAUGGAUUCUUGGGUUGGCAGCGUGCAUCCUUCUUUCCUUUGUGAAUCAAUUCUUCCAGUAUCGUUCUAAUCAGCUAUCUAUCAGUUCAGUUACAAUACAGAUUCUUGUUCUCCCCAUAGGAAAGUUCAUGGCUGCAAAACUCCCAAAGAAACAAAUCUCGAUCCCAUUUACAAAAUGCUCAUUUUCAUUGAAUCCAGGGCCUUUCAACAUGAAAGAACAUGUAUUGAUCACCAUAUUUGCCAACUGUGGAGCCGGUGGUGUAUAUGCAGUGUACAUUAUUACAAUUAUCAAAGCCUUCUACCACAGAGGGCUCCAUCCUGUCGCUGCUAUAUUGCUAGCACAAACCACUCAGUUGCUUGGUUAUGGAUGGGCUGGUACGUUCAGAAAAAUUCUUGUGGAUUCGCCUUACAUGUGGUGGCCUGCAACCCUUAUCCAAGUCUCUCUAUUCAGGGCAUUGCAUGAGAAGGAAAAGAGAAAAAAAGGAGAACGUACAAGGCUGCAAUUCUUUGCCGUUGUCUUCGUUGCAAGCUUUGCUUACUAUAUUGUUCCUGGCCACUUUUUCCCUUCACUAUCAGCUCUCUCCUUUGUUUGCUGGAUAUGGAAGCGCUCGAUCACCGCUCAACAGAUCGGUGCAGGGUUAAAUGGUCUUGGAAUUGGCUCCUUUGGUCUUGACUGGGCGACUGUUGCCUCUUUCUUGGGCACUCCUCUAGCUUACCCUUUCUUUGCCAUUGUCAAUACUAUGGUUGGUUUCAUCUUGGUUAUGUAUGUCCUUGUCCCCAUAGCAUACUGGUCUAACUUUCGUGAAGCCAAGCGAUUUCCCAUAUUUACCUCUCACACUUUUGAUGAAGAUGGUCAGAUAUUCAACAUUACCCGUGUUCUUAAUGAGAAAACAUUCGACCUUAAUCUAGUGGAAUAUGAGAAUUAUAGCAAACUCUAUUUAAGUAUCUUCUUCGCCUUCUUAUAUGGAUUGAGUUUUGCAUCUCUAACAGCUACCCUUACUCAUGUUGCUCUUUUUGACGGAAAAAAUAUCAUAAACAUGUGGAAGAAGACGACAACUGCAGUGAAAGACGAGUUUAGUGAUGUGCACACAAGAAUUAUGAAGAAGAACUAUGCAGCAGUCCCUCAAUGGUGGUUUACUGCCAUCUUGGUUAUAUCACUGGCUCUUUCGCUUCUGGCUGUGGAAGGUUUUGACCAUCAGCUUCAGCUUCCUUGGUGGGGACUUCUCCUUGCCUGUUUCAUUGCUCUAAUAUUCACCUUACCCGUUGGAGUCGUUCAGGCGACAACAAACAUGCAAAUCGGACUAAAUGUGAUCACAGAAUUGGUUAUUGGGUACAUGUACCCAGGGAAGCCUCUUGCUAACGUGGCUUUCAAGACGUAUGGCUACAUUAGCAUGACACAAGCACUUAGUUUUCUCGGUGACUUCAAAAUAGGGCACUAUAUGAAGAUCCCCCCCAAAUCUAUGUUCAUUGUACAGCUAGUUGGAACAAUAGUUUCUUCCACUGUUUACUUUGCCACAGCAUGGUGGCUUCUCUCAUCUGUUGAAAACAUCUGCAAUCCAGACUUGCUUCCUGAUGGGAGUCCGUGGACCUGUCCUGGAAGCGAAGUCUUCUACAAUGCUUCAAUCAUCUGGGGAGUAGUAGGACCUCUCAGAAUGUUCACAGACAAGGGAGUCUACCCGGAGCAGAACUGGUGGUUCCUCGUUGGUUUCCUUGCCCCAGUUCCAAUGUGGUUUCUCCAGCGCAAAUUCCCUGAGAAAAAAUGGAUCAAGUUGAUUCACAUCCCCCUUAUCCUUAGUGCCACAUCAGCCAUGCCAUCAGCGAAAACUGUGCACUACUGGUCUUGGGCAUUUGUUGGAUUUAUCUUCAACUACAUUAUUUACAGGAGGUACAAGGGAUGGUGGGCUAAGCACACCUACAUCUUAUCAGCUGCUUUGGAUGCUGGUGUUGCCUUCUUGGGAGUUAUCCUUUAUUUUACCCUUCAAUCCAAGGAUAUUUAUGGCCCAGCUUGGUGGGGUGCUGACGUUUCUGACCAUUGUCCGUUGGCAAAAUGUCCUACAGCACCAGGGAUUAAGGUCAAGGGAUGCCCUGUUCUCUAA